GCACGGCAUCUGGUGGGCGCUCCGUAAGGUUUGCUCAAUGGAAGCAAAGAAUAAAUGCAGACUCAGGGCCGUGAAGAGAGGUUUCGGAUGCCAUCAGGUGUGCUAACCCAGCGCUCAGAAGAACCUGGCUCAAUUCCAGGAAAAAAAGUAGUCGGCCCUCCAGGAGGAAGUUCGGCGAGGCUGCAGGGACACACACACCCUACCCGCUGCCCGCGGGUCACUCACGCUCCUCGCGGCUGAGCCAACCCGGCGGCGGCGGGAGCGCCGGGCGCAGGGGACGCGAACGCCGGUGGGAGGUGUGGUGCUAGAUCCUGGGGAGACACUGAACAAAAUAGAACAACUCCUACCCUCACAGAGCUCUCAGUCAAUGGAAGACACAUUUUGAACAAUAAGUGCACACUAUUAAUGUAUAAUUACAAAUUGGAUGUAUGGCCUGCAGUCAGCAGCUGGGAAUUUUCAGACUUCAGACUCACGUUAAGGACUAUAACCUUCUGGAAAUCGUCCCGGAUCUGCUUCUAUCAACAGCCAGUGGGAGAGAAAACACACAUCCAUCCGACCCUGUAGUUCCAACAGCAUCUGCACGCCAAGUCGCUGUGGGUGAAGUUUGCACUCAUUUGGGACAAAGUGAGAAAAACGAGGACAGAGAUAUAAAGAAAGAGAUUGCUGAAUAACUGCAGAUGCAUUUUAAUGCUCCAGAGUAAGCAUGUCUGCCUACAGGAAUAGCGCUUAUGAGGAAGACCCAGAUUACCCUGACUAUUCUGGGUCUCGAAACCAUACUCAGAGGUAUUUGAAAACUCCAGGUCCUCUGAACAACUCAGAUGAACCCAGCACCAGGAGCAACCCAUACCCAGCAGAGUCCAGAACAAGUCCAGACUAUCUUGGGUCUCUAGCAGAACCAGAUUAUCCUGGAUCUCAGAGUAAUCCAGACUACCCUGGCACCAGGAGCCAUCCAUACUCUGCAGAGACAGACUAUCCCAAACCCAUGGCAGAGCCAGAGUAUAUUGGAUCUCAGGGGAAUCCAUACCAACCAGGCUCAUCUAGAAAGCCAGACUAUUCUCAGUCUCAACGAAAUCCUGAUUUUCCUGGUUCCGAAGGCAGCGGAAACUAUACAGGCUCCAGAAUAAAUCCAGAUUAUCUCGACUCCUUGGGAGAACCAGACUACCCUGGAGCUCAGGAAAACUUGAACUCUUUUGGCCCCAGGGCCAGUUCAAACCAUCCAGGCUCCAGAAGGAAUCCGGAGCAUGCUAGCCCCAGAGUCAAGGCAUACAUAGACUCUCUGGGAGAGCCUGAUUAUCCAGGUGCUGAGAGUCAAUCUAACCAUCCACACGUUUUUGGAGAACCAGACUAUCUGGAUGCUGAAGACUAUCAGAACUCUCCAAACUUUUGGGGAGAGCCUGAUUACCCAGGUGCUGAGAAUGGUCAUGAUUAUGGCUCUUCAGGGGACCCGGAAAUGGCCAGGCAAAUGCUCAGCAGAACAUCUUCAGUCCAGCCCUCAUUUCACCAUGAGGGUGUCAGCCCCUUGGGCAUCCUUGGGAGAGAAGAUGUUGAUUAUCCUGAAAGCAUUGAAAUGAAAUCUGUGGGGAUGGCAAAUCCAUAUCCAGAUGCUCCUGGCAAUGGCUAUGUGAAUCCUGCUUAUGUGGGUGAUGAAGGUCCUGGCCCAGCUUAUGGAGACCCACCCUUGUCUGGACAUGAUUGGCUCAGUUCACCCCAAGGACAAAAGUUAAUCGAGUCUCUGAUACCCAUGACAUCUAGAGACAGAAUUAAAGCCAUUAGGAAUCAGCCAAGGACCAUGGAAGAAAAAAGGAACCUUAGGAAAAUGGUUGACAAAGAGAAAAGUAAGCAGUCCCGUCAUAUCCUGGAGCUCAACUGCUGUGCUCAGUGUCUGAACUCCAUUUCACUGGCAUACCGAAGGUUCAAGAACAACCUGUCGGAACUGCUCGAUUCCAUCAGCCUGUGGCAGAAGACGCUCAAGGUCAUCGGAGGCAAGUUCGGCACCAGCGUCCUCUCCUAUUUCAACUUCCUGAGGUGGCUUUUGAAGUUCAACAUCUUCUCGUUCAUUGUGACCUUCAGUUUCAUCAUAAUCCCUCAGCUAACUGUGAUGGAGAAGAACCACCUCCAAUUCACGGGACUGGAAUUUCUAACUGGGGCGGGUUAUUUUACUAACACAGUGAUGUACUACGGCUUUUACACCAAUUCUACGAUCCGGCAUGGCAACAGCGGGGCCUCCUACAACAUGCAGCUGGCCUACAUCUUUACAAUCGGAGGCUGUUUGGUCGUCUGCUUUUUUAGUUUGCUCUUCAGUAUGGCCAGGUAUUUCCGGAACAACUUCAUUAACCCCCACAUUUACUCCAGAGGGAUUGCCAAGCUCAUUUUUUGCUGGGACUUCACUGUCACUCAUGAAAGUGCAGUAAAGCUGAAACAGAAGAAUCUGAGCACUGAAAUAAGGGAGAACCUGUCAGAAAUCCUUCAGGAGAACGUCAAGUUAACAUUCAAUCAGCAGUUUAUCCGCUUCUCUGCCCACGUGGCAGCCUGGGUUGUCUCUUCCGGAGUGGCCAUCAUCUGCUGUGUAGCCGUUUAUUACCUGGCUGAGAACAAUUUACAGUUCCUGGCGAACCACAGUAACCCUGGGGCGGUGCUUUUACUGCCUUUCGUCGUGUCCUGCAUCAACCUGGUCGUGCCUCGCUUCUACUCCAUGUUCAGGCUGGUGGAGCGCUACGAGAUGCCGAGGCACGAAGUCUAUACCCUCCUGAUCCGAAAUAUCUUUCUGAAAAUAUCAAUCAUUGGAAUUCUGUGUUACUAUUGGCUCAACAUUGUGGCCCUGGAUAGUGAAGAGUGUUGGGAAACCCUCAUAGGCCAAGAAAUCUACCGGCUCCUGCUGAUGGAUUUUGUGUUCUCUUUAGCUGAUUCCUUCCUGGGGGAGUUCCUGAGAAGAAUCAUUGGGAUGCGGCUUAUCACAAGUCUUGGCUUACAGGAGUUUGACAUUGCCAGAAAUGUGUUAGAACUCAUCUAUGCACAAACUCUGGUGUGGAUUGGAACCUUCUUCUGUCCUUUGCUGCCCUUUAUCCAAAUGAUUACUCUUUUCAUCAUGUUCUACGUCAAAAAUAUCAGCCUGAUGAUGAAUUUCCAGCCUCCGAGCAAAGCGUGGCGGGCCUCGCAGAUGAUGACUUUCUUCAUCUUUCUGCUUUUCUUCCCAUCCUUCACUGGGGUCCUGUGCACCCUGGCCAUCACCAUCUGGAGAUUGAAACCUUCAGCUGACUGUGGUCCGUUUCGAGGUCUGGCCUUCUUCAUUGAGUCGAUCUACAGCUGGAUCAACACCCUGAGGAAAAGGUCCAGCUACCUGUGGGUUGUUUGGAUCUACCAGAACCUCAUCGGGAGCGUGCACUUCUUCUUCAUCCUCACCCUCAUUGUCUUAAUCAUCACUUACCUUUACUGGCAGAUCACAGAGGGAAGGAAGAUUAUGAUAAGACUGCUCCAUGAACAGAUCAUUAAUGAGGGCAAAGACAAAAUGUUCCUGAUAGAUAAGUUGAUCAAGCUGCAAGGUAUGGAGAAGAGAGCAAACCCCACCUUAUUUACACUGGAAAGAAGAGAUUUGGAGCAAUGGGGCCCUCUGCAUGUCAGGCAACAUGAUGCUCCUCGAGACCUGAGAUUCAGGCAAUCAUUUCAAGAAGAUAAUCCAAAGGCCUGAUAAUUAUCGUGGCACCCAGACGCCAACCAAAGAAGGACAGAAGAUAGAUGAAGCAUCUUCCUCCGUGCCACCUGGGCCUCUAGGAGCUUCCCAG